AAUAAAAGAAAAAUGGGAAGAAAACCUAACUCUUCCUCACCUUCCCCCCUAUUCCUCAUGCCUCAGCCGCCUGAGAGGCGUUUUCCGACAUCUCCACUUACCGGCGGCGGACUCCGACCAGAGAACAUUGAGAAGGCGGCGAGUCACUGUUGAUCUUCGCUGUAGCUUAACUGAUUGGCGUCUCAGCGGCUCGCGAAUUGCAACGCACACUCGCGCAGACCACGAACGGCUCCUUGCUUGUUCAGACGGCGAAGCACAGAGACGGGGUGGCGCUACUCGAAUCUGAUCUUUGACAGACUCGUUCCGGCGGUUCCAGCAGCGUGUUCCGACGUCUUCGCAGCCCGCGAGCGGCGGUCCCCUUCGGCAGCCACCGAAUAGACCAUCGGCGCGCGUUUGGAUGCUGGAUGAAAGUAUGAUUUAACCUUAAAUCUUAAGCUUAUAUUUUCUGUAUGGUUAGGUUUAUGGAACAGUUUCCUGGUUGAUUCUCACUAAAAAGUGUGUUACUUAGAGGGGCCUCAGCCUGGAUUACUGCAAAUUCGUUCUCUGACGAAUCGAUCUAACGAUGAAGCAACUAUGGAAGUUCUCUGUUCGUCGUAGGAUCUUAGUAAAUCGCAACAUUUUUGCUCCAUUUUCCUUCUCACUCGCUAACAAUUCAAAUUAUGACAUGUUUCAUCAUGGCCUCCAUACUCAAUCCUGCUCUUCCUCGUCGCCUGUGCCCUCAAUCUCUUCGUUUUCGCUGCUUCCUAAUAUUAUUGAAUUAUUUUCCAACAAGCCUUCUGACCAAGACCUCUUGGUGAGAAGUAUUAUGCAAAGGAAGGUCACGGAGGUGAUGCAUGAACUGAUUCAGAACGCCGAGGAUUCUGAUAAGAUUGUGAAAGUAUUGGAAGACAAUGAAGGCUUCCUCUUACGGAGACAUGCUGACAGUUCUACUUUUGUCGAGUUGCUAAAGCAAUUGGGUUCACAGCCUCACUUGGCAUUGGAGGUGUUUAAUUGGAGAAGAAGGCAGGAAGGUUCCUUUCCUUUGACUGCUGAGGAAUAUGCUAAGAGUAUUACUGUUGCGGGUCGAUCAAAAAAUGUUGACCUUGCUGUUGAGUUGUUCACCAAGGCUUCUAAUAAGAGGGUCAAGACAACCUCUAUUUAUAAUGCAUUGAUGGGUGCUUACAUGUAUAAUGGCUUGGCUGACAAAUGCCACUCGUUGUUUCGAGAUCUUAAAACGGAUGCAAAUUGUGUUCCUACCAUUGUAACAUAUAACAUCCUACUAUCGGUAUUUGGUCGGUUGAUGUUAGUUGAUCACAUGGAGGCUACCUUGCGAGAAAUACAUGAUUUGGAUCUCUCCCCUAACGUGAGCACGUACAACCAUCUAAUAGCUGGGUAUGUUACUGCAUGGAUGUGGGAUAAAAUGGAGCAAACAUUUUUGAAGAUGAAGGCAAGUUCGGUAAAGCCAAACACGGACACUUUUUUGUUAAUGCUUCGUGGAUAUGCUCAUUCUGACAAUCUUGAAAAGAUGGAAGAGAUGCAUGAGUUGUUAAAGGAUCAUGUCGAUGAAAAGAAUUUCCCUCUUAUUAGAACUAUGAUAUGUGCAUACUGUAGGAGUACUAUAGCAGAUAAAGUGACAAAGAUUGAGGCUUUGUUGAAGCUUAUUCCGAAAGAAGAAUAUCGACCAUGGUUGAAUGUGUUAUUGAUAAAAGUCUAUGCUCAAGAAGAUUGGUUAGAGAGAAUGGAGAGUUCAAUAAAUGAGGCAUUUGAGCAUGGUACUUCGGUAAAUACUCUCCAUGUGAUGCGCUCCAUUAUAGCCAGUUAUUAUCGGUGUAAUGCAGUGGACAAGCUAACGAACUUUGUAAGUCGUGCUGAAUGUUCAGGUUGGAGAAUCUGUCGGUCUUUGUAUCAUUGUAAAAUGGUUAUGUUUGCAUCAGAAAAGCGUUUCGAAGAAAUGGAGUCUGUACUCGACGAAAUGAAAAAUAUGAACUUAGAUUGGACGAAAAAAACAUUUUGGAUAUUGUAUAAAGCCUACUCAUUAAGUGAUUGCAGGUACAAGGUUGACCAAGUGGCGUGUUAUAUGUGCAAGCUUGGGUAUGGGAUUCCCUCGGAUUUAUCUCUGUUUUGACGUUCUCGGAUCGAAAGAAUGAAAAUUGACUUAUCCAAUUGUUCUUAUUGGUUUUUCUCAUGAAUAAGUGCAGAACCCAGAUUUCUGAGAUAUCUUAGAAAUCGAGCAUUCGAAGUGGAAUAGAGAUUAUAUCGAGAUAAUCGAGCUGAUUGGACACGAGAUGUGAAAGAGAAUUUAAUUUAUGUCCUGAAGAGGCAGCAUUUGCCCGAAAUCUGUAAAGCAUAUGGCGCAAACCAUGGUUGAAGCAUGUGUGCACAUUUUUUUUUUCUCUCACUUAUGUUCUUUAACAAAUUGAGAUUUAAAUAUUUUCUUUUCUUAUAAAAUAAGAUAAUUACUAUUAUAGAACACUAUUAUUAAUGUAUUAA